AUGGCGCACGAGCAGGAACAUACAGCCCCGCCCUUCGACAACAACGAGGAUGAUGAUUUUAACGAGUGCGACGACGUGGCCAUGUCCUCCUCUAUUAUAAGCUUUGGCGAGCCAGACCCUGACGAGAUUGCAUUCCAGAUCGCCCACUUGGCAAUUAACCUCGUAAUAGACAAUGGCGAUGAAGAUGACUACGAGUACGUCGACAACGUGGACUUGUACAUGCCCGACACGGUCGAUGAAUAUGACGAGCCAGAUCUGGAUGAGGUUGCUUGUCAAGUUGCCCUCUUGGUCAUUAAUGGUGAUCAUGAUCAGCCCUUUUGA